AUGGGAAACAGUCAUUCAGAUAUCAAAAGUACCUUUUCAUCAAAACAUGUACCUGAACACCUGAAGCCAAUAAAAAAAAAGAAACACAGGCGACCAAGAUCAGUCAAUUAUAUUGUAGAAGAAGAUGAAAAUGAAUUAAAAAAACAAAAAGCUCUUCAAAAACCAGUCAUCAUGGAUAUUCCCACUGUAGUGAUUGACAAUGUUGACGAAGAGGAUCUAGCUGAGGGAGAAGCGUCGCUUGUUGGAUCUGGCCCACGUGGCGCCUUUCGAUGGUUUAAGGGCAGACGAUACAUUAACCAUCAUGAGAAAGUAUUAGAUAAAAACCUAUUACCAAACGACCAGUUAGAACUGGAUAGGCUGCGUGUGUUAUCUUUUAUUAUUCGUUGGGCAUUUAGAAGUAAUAUUGUAGCUCCAAUAGAAGAAGAUUUACAAAAGGGUAUGCAUGUACUCAAUGUAGGGUAA